GUACACUGGAUGUAAUAAAAGUUCCUUGUUUCGACUUCCACCUCUCCUGAGGUCAGGUCGCUGGAAGCUUCUUCGCCUACUUGGACGAGUGGGAUCGGACGGCACACAGGUAGAGAGCGUUCUUCCUUCGCCUCCUUCGACGACUUCACUGCGACGGAGUUCAUGAGCUGAUUGUUUAGCUUGGUUUAUCUAGCAGGCAAGCUUUUACCUGGGUUAAUCGAGGCCUUGCAUGGGGUAUUUUGAUAAUCCUUGGUACGAGGAGGCAGCCUUUGCUGAUGGUGGUGUCAUACGGAAUGGAAGGGAAAUACUUUUCCAGGGCUUCAAUUGGGAGUCUCAUAAAAGUGAUUGGUGGGUUAACUUAGAGAAAAAGGUUUCUGAUCUCGCUGAAUCUGGAUUUACAUCAGUUUGGCUCCCUCCUGCUACUCAUUCUGUUUCUCCAGAAGGUUAUCUACCGCAAAACCUAUAUUCGCUCGACUCUUCUUAUGGUUCUGAGCUCCAAUUAAAAGUUUUACUUCAGAAACUUUCCCAGCACAAAAUUAGAGCUAUGGCUGACAUUGUUAUCAACCAUCGAGUUGGUACUACUCAAGGACAUGGGGGAGCAUAUAAUCGUUUUGAUGGUAUUCCUAUGUCAUGGGAUGAACAUGCUAUCACAUCUUGUUCGGGUGGGCUGGGAAAUCAAAGCACGGGUUGCAAUUUUCCUGGAGUUCCCAACAUAGACCAUACACAACCCUUUGUACGAAAAGAUAUAAUCAACUGGCUCAUAUGGCUUCGUGAAAGCUUGAAAUUUCAAGAUUUCCGCUUUGAUUUUGCAAAAGGCUAUGAAGAAAACUUUGUUAAAGAAUACGUAAAGCAGUCAAAGCCAAUAUUUUCAGUAGGAGAAUAUUGGGACAGCUGUAGCUACAGCUCAGCUAGUCAAUUGGACUACAAUCAAGAUAGCCAUAGACAAAGGAUUAUAAAUUGGAUUGAUAAAACUGGAGGGCUUUGUGCUGCAUUUGAUUUCACAACCAAGGGCAUUCUACAGGAAGCAAUGAAAGGAGAGCUAUGGCGUUUGAGAGAUCCCCAGGGCAAGCCACCUGGUGUAGUGGGCUGGUGGCCUUCGAGAGCAGUAACCUUCAUUGAGAAUCAUGACUCAGGAUCCACUCAGGGUCACUGGCCUUUUCCUUCGGAUCACAUUAUGGAGGGAUACGCUUACAUACUCACUCAUCCAGGAAUACCUACGGUAUUUUAUGAUCAUUUCUAUGACUGGGGAAAAUCCAUUCAUGAUCAAAUUGUGAAACUGAUGGAUGUGCGGAGACAUCAGGAUAUCCACAGCCGCUCCACUAUUAGAAUACUGGAAUCCCACUCCAAUCUGUAUGCUGCAAUCAUUGGAGAGAGAGUGUGCAUUAAGAUUGGCGAUAGGUCCUGGUGCCCAACAGACGGGGAAUGGAAACUUGCUACUUCUGGCACCAGAUAUGCUGUUUGGUGCAGGUAGAGUUCAUUUUAACUCCAUUUCAUUGUAGUCAAAGUUGAGAAUUUUUGGUAUUGUAUUAAUAUAAAUAAAGGAAUAGAACCAGAUUUCAUGUUGCUGUUUAAAUAUAAAGUUCAUUUCAGUGGAAAUUCAUAUCAACUUUCAUUUGAUUUCA